GGGCAGAAGCUACGUUUCAGGGCUAAGCGGAAGUGUGGGCCCCUGUAUAUCUGAGCAGGAGACCCCGCCCCGGCCUCUUUCCGCUCCGAGCGCCGACUGGUUAGGACAUAGCCGACCACACAAAAUGGCAGAUUGGGAAGCCGCUCCCGUCGGGGCCGAGACCGCUGAAAUCAAACUCUUCGGGAAAUGGAGUACAGAUGACGUCCAGAUCAGCGACAUCUCCCUGCAGGAUUACAUUGCUGUGAAGGAGAAGUAUGCCAAGUUCCUGCCCCACAGUGGAGGGCGCUACGCUGCCAAGCGCUUCCGCAAGGCUCAGUGUCCUAUUGUGGAGCGUCUCACUAACUCCCUCAUGAUGCACGGGAGGAACAACGGCAAGAAGCUGAUGACCGUCAGGAUCGUGAAGCAUGCCUUCGAGAUCAUUCACCUGCUGACCGGAGAGAACCCUCUGCAGGUGUUGGUGAACGCCAUCAUCAACAGUGGCCCCCGGGAAGACUCCACCCGUAUCGGUAGAGCCGGAACAGUCAGGAGACAGGCCGUGGACGUGUCCCCUCUCCGAAGAGUCAACCAGGCCAUCUGGCUCCUCUGCACCGGUGCUCGUGAAGCCGCUUUCAGGAACAUCAAGACGAUUGCAGAAUGUGUGGCUGAUGAGCUCAUCAACGCAGCCAAGGGCUCCUCUAACUCCUACGCCAUCAAGAAGAAAGAUGAACUGGAGAGAGUCGCCAAAUCCAACCGUUAAGUCGUCGCCAUCCUCUGCCCUCAUCAAAUAAAGAAAAUAUUUCAGUCAC